CAUCAGAAAACUUUCAUACCUGUUCAAAAAAGAAGAUAUCAAUUUUCACCAAUUUGAACCGCAUCUCUGUUUCCAGACCAUCACACUCCCCAAAAUGUCCCACCGUCUCUUUUCAAUACCAGGCAUAUCCAGGAUACAAGGAAGUUCAUCUUCCCUCCGAAAAACAUCAUCACUCAACUCAAUCCAACCCUUCACUCAAACACGCACCCUCAAAAUCUACGCCUCUUCCAAACACGCCCUCCGCAGGUCAACCUGCCUAAUAACCGGCGCCUCCCGCGGCAUAGGUCGCGCCAUCGCCAUCGCCUUCGCCAGAGAAGGCGCCCGCUGCCUCCUGAUCGGCCGCGACGAAGCCGCUCUAAAAGAAACCCACGACCUCUGCACCUCAGCCCGCGGCAGCAUCGGCCGCCCCCACAGCAUCAUAACCGGCGAUAUCACCACCCCAGACUUCUGGAGCACAUUGGACAAACACACAGCAUGGAAUGCCGAGAACGGGAAACUAGACGUCCUGGUGAACGCGGCGGGGAUAACGCAUUCGUCCCUUUUGCUCCGCACGACUCAAACCCGUGUGGAUGAAAUCUUGGCUACGAAUUUGUCUGCUGCGAUUCAAGCUUCUCGUUUCGCGGCGAAGAAAAUGUUGAAGAAUGCUCCUCAUACACCUGUCUCAGAGGCACGACGUGGACAUAUUCUGAACAUUUCCUCUUUGUUAGCUACCCAUGGAGGCGCGGGCAGUGUAGCUUACGCAGCAUCCAAAGCAGGCAUUCUCGGCUUGACGAGAAGUUUAGCGGCGGAAUUGGGGCCUAGAGGGAUAAGGGUAAAUGCCAUAUGUCCUGGAUACAUAGAGACUGAUAUGACGAGAGCCAUGUCCGAGGCGGCAAGGGAGGCUGCGGUGGCGAAGAUUCCGGCUGCGAGGUUUGGUACCGUGGAUGAGAUUGCUGAUGCGGCUGUUUUUUUGUCUGGGAAUCAGUAUGCCAACAAUACUGUGUUGAACCUCGAUGGUGGGUUGAGUGCUGUAUAGACAGGACGUUUGGACAUACGCACUUCCCUCCUUUCCAUGGUCUUGGUUUCGUCUUCCAGCAGCAAGUUCUGGUCGAAACUCUGAUGGGCCUAGCAGUGAAAGUGAUACGUGUUCUGCACUGGUGAACUGCACAUAGACGAGAAGGGUUGGUUCUUAGGAUUUCAUUGUCAUCAUGUCUUGUGCGUCUGACCACACUGCCAUAACAUCUAUAGAACGCCAUGUAUUGAUGCAACCUUGCCAACUCCGAGCCUUUUUAAGGACAGUCCGCUCGCUUCAUGCAAUCGCAAUCAUGUAUAUCAUAAGACAAGUCGUUAGAAACCAUAACCGUACCCGCCAAG